AUGGGAGGAGAUAAAAGGGGGAUAAAAGGAAUUUCUCAAGAUGUUCUCCAACUCGGUUUGAAGUCUGGGAAGGCCCAAAGCGAGUACGUCCUGGCCACCAGGUUUCAGCGCCAUAGAGACUUUGCAGACUACCAUGAACGUUUUAACCAUGAUGAUGCUUAUCUUCUCUGCCGAUGCGGAGCACGAAAAGCACCGCUGCACUUCCUCUUCUGUCAUAUAGCUAAGAGACGAGCCCCUCGGCCUCCUGGGCCCCCUUCUGAGGUCAUCUCUUUUCUCUUAGGCACUGCUAAAGGAGCACAAAAGCUAGCCACAUGGCUAGCAGAGACCCACUUCUUUGAGGAUAUCUGCGGAUCAUUGCAGCUGGCAAAUACCCAAAACCCACUCCAAGUGGACCUCCCUGUAAGACCACGGCAGCUAUGGAAACGCGCCAAAGAGUCUCUUAUUUGUACAUAA